AUGAAGGCGCACGGCGCGCAGACCCGCGCCAGCGGCGACCCCUAUUUCGCCCAUCCCAUUGAGGUCGCCGGCAUCCUGACCGAGCUCAAGCUCGACAGCACGUCGAUCGCGACCGCGCUGCUCCACGACACCGUGGAGGACACGGGCACCACAGUCGAGCAGAUCGGCACGCUGUUCGGCGAGGAGACCGCGCGGCUCGUCGACGGCGUGACCAAAUUGAGCCGGCUGGAGCUGCAAUCCGAUCAGGCGCAUCAGGCCGAGAACCUGCGCAAGUUCCUGCUCGCGUUGUCGGAAGACAUCCGCGUUCUCCUCGUUAAGCUCGCCGACCGGCUGCACAACAUGCGCACGCUCCAUUACGUGCCGGACGAGCAAAAGCGGCAGCGGAUCGCCAAGGAGACGAUGGAGAUAUACGCGCCGCUUGCGGAGCGCAUCGGCCUGCAGGCCUUCAAGGCGGAGCUCGAAGAUCUCGCCUUCAAGGAGCUCAACCCCAACGGCUUCCACACCAUGGAGACGCGGCUCAAAGCCCUACGCGAUCAGGCCGGCGGCAUGGUCGAGCGGGUCACCGAGUCCCUUACCGCAACGCUCAGGAAGCAGCGGCUCCGGGCAACGGUCGCGGGCCGGGAAAAGCGGCCCUACUCCAUUUGGGAAAAGAUGCAGCGCAAGAAGCUCGCCUUCGAGCAGCUUACCGAUAUCGUGGGCUUCCGCGUCGUCACCGAGAGCGAAGAGGAUUGCUACCGGGCGCUCGGUAUCGUGCAUCGCGCAUAUCCCAUGGUGCCGGGCCGCUUCAAGGACUACAUCUCGACGCCCAAGCCCAACGGGUACCGCUCGCUCCACACCGCGGUGAUCGGGCCCGAGCAGCGCCGCAUCGAGAUCCAGAUUCGCACCCGCGACAUGCACGAAGAGGCCGAGUACGGCGUCGCGGCUCAUUGGCUGUUCAAGCAGGGGGGCGACGUCCGCGACGUCCGUCAGCAGCGCUGGCUUCGCCCGUUGCUCGAAAUCCUCGACAAGGCCUCAGGGCCCGAGGAGCUGCUCGAGCACGCCAAGCUCGAGAUGUUUAAGGACGAGGUGUUCUGCUUCUCGCCCCGCGGGGCGCUGAUCUCGCUGCCGCGCGGCGCAACGCCGGUCGAUUUCGCCUAUGCGGUGCACACCGAUGUGGGCGACACGACGGUCGGCGCCAAGGUCAACGGGCGCAUGGUGCCGCUCUGGACCCAGCUGGAGAACGGCGAUCAGGUGGAGAUCCUGCGCUCGCGGGUCCCCCAACCGCAGCCAGCCUGGGAACGAUUUGUGGUGACCGGCAAGGCGCGAACCUGCAUCCGCCGCUUCACCCGGCUCAAGGAGCGGGAACAGUUCAUCGCCCUCGGCCGGGCCGUCGCCGAAAAACUCUGCCGCGAGGCCGGCGCGGAUUACUCCGAGGCGCUGCUGGAGGGUGCGCUCUCCCGCCUCAAGCAGCGCUCCGUGAGCGAUCUGCUGGCCGCCCUCGGACGCGGCGAUCUCACCAGCGGCGAAGUCGCCGACACUCUCUUCCCCGCCCGCAGUCUCCAGGGCAUCGCACGCCGCGCGCUCUCGGUCGCGCGUGGCCGGCGCGGCACCAAGGCAGGCGACAGAGGCAUCCCCGUGCGCGGCCUGAUUCCGGGCAUGGCCGUGCAUCUUGCCGAGUGCUGCAACCCGUUGCCCGGCGAGCGCAUCGUCGGCAUCGUCACCACCGGCAAGGGCGUGACGAUCCACACCAUCGACUGCGACACGCUGGAGAGUUUUGGGGACACGCCCGAGCGUUGGCUCGAUCUCGCCUGGGAAGGGGACGCGGAAGAAAAGGGAAUCCAUGUCGGCCGUCUCAACCUGGUGGUCGCCAACGAAACCGGGAGCCUCAGCAAGCUGACCACCGCGAUCGCCCAGAACAACGGCAACAUCAGCAACCUCAAGAUCACAAACCGCUCGCUGGAUUUCUUCGAGAUGCUGGUCGAUAUCGAGGUCAAGGACGCCAGACACCUCGGCAAUAUCAUGGCCGCCUUGCGGGCGGUGACGACAGUGAGCAGCGUGGAGCGCGAGAGGGCACGCCACUAG